AUGCGUUCUGGGGUUUUAAUCGCCGCCUUUUGCAUUGCCGGUGCUGUCGCCGAUACGGAAUUCUCCAACCCCAAGAUUGCCCGCCGUGCGGAUGAAGUUAAACCCUUAGGCAUAUACCGUCAACGCUGUGUCGACCAAUGUUUCGAAGCUAUGAAAAAAAACAACGGUAUUCCUGACUUAAAUAAUAAUCUGCUCAAGAAUUACUGCACAACUUGGUGCCUGAGUCUAAAAUUCCCUCAAACGGUCAGGGAGAUAGAAGAAUUGUGCAAAGAAAAUAUGGAGUGGAGGUGGCUAUUGACGCCGCAACGGCCAUCAAAUUAA